UUGUGUUGCUUGCUAUCGAGGUAUAUUUUGUGACAUCAUUUUUAGAAUAGCUUGAAUAAUAUGGUGAAUAUUUAACAGGCAUCAACACAACGGCUGGCUGUGCGAUGGAAUUCCUUUAACUGCAUUCCAAAUACAAAACUAAUCGACUCAUUAAAUUGCAUCAUUAUCGAGCCGGAGAGAUCACUUUUAAGUGCAAAUGUGAGCAUCAAUGCUGACAUGAGGAAAAUGAAUGUACCCUUUGCAGUACUUAUUGCUCGCCCGCCGGCAAAUGAUUUUCAUAGGAUUGUCAAUUUAAAUGUGGAUGUUUGCAAGUUCUCCAAGGAAUCGCAGGGCAACAGGUUCUUUAAAAUUGCGUAUAAAAUUAUCUUCGCGGACUCCAAUGCUCCCAAGAAGUGUCCUUUCAUAAAGGGAUCGUAUUACUUUCGGAACAUCGACCUAGGUGGAAGUUUACCGCCCUUCUUGCCUGCAAAUGAUUUUCAAGUUGAUCUAAAUAUUGUAUCCGAUGUUGAUUGGAUUUUGAACAUUACUUUGUUCGGACGUGCUGUAGAUUUUAUCAAGUCGAAAGGAAAAUGAAUAUAUGUAUUUGAAAAUCAGUUCAGUUUUGCUUUCGUUCGGUCAACAAACUUGAACUGUAUUCACACAACGCCUGGCUGUGCAUUGGAAAUCCUUUAACUGCGUUUCAAAUACAAAACUAAUGAACUCAAUGGAUUGCAUCAUUAUCGAGCCGGAGAGGUCGCUGUUAUAUGCAAAUUUUAGUCUCAAGGAUGAUAUAAGGAACCAGAAUGUAACAUUUGCAUUACUCAUUGCUCGACCGCCGUCGAAUUAUUUUAAUAGGAUUCUCAAUUUAAGUGUGGAUUUGUGCAAAUUCUUCAAGGAAUCACAGGGCAACAGGUUCUUUAAUAUUGCGUAUAAAAUCAUAUUAGCGAACUCCAAUGCUCCCAAAAAGUGUCCUCUCACAAAGGGAUCGUAUUACUUUCGGAACAUCGACCUAGGGGGAAAUUUACCGCCCUUUUUGCCAACAAAUGAUUUUCAAGUUCAACUAAAUAUUGUAUCCGAUGUUGAUUGGAUGUUGAACAUCACUUCGAUCGGACGUGCUUUAGAUUUCAUCAAGUGGAAAGGAAAAUGAAUAUAUUUGCAAAUCAGUUCAAUAUACUUUUGUGUUUUUUUCUUUUUGCUUUU